UAACUAUUAGGUUUUCCUUUUCUUCUUCUUCAAGGAAAAAAAUAUGAAUCCAAGAUUUUCGGUGUGCAGAUCAGUCUUAAGAGUUAGAAACCCGGUGGUCAUCAGAACCCAUAUCGUCUUCUUAUUCAUUAGUCUCGCAUCAUCCAACUUCUUCGAACCUAAUAACAGUAGUUAUCUCAAAAUACCACCACACUUUUAGUUUAUCCUCCACAAAUCUUUUUUCCCUGGAAACCAUUUCAGCCCAAAAGAUUAAAAUGCUAGAAGACGCCGUUGAUGAAAUUGUGGCUUUUGGGAAGGUCACAGGAUUGGUGAUCAUUGAGGAUUGGUACGGAUUUGUUGGUAGGUUCGAGGGAGGGAGUUCUGAACCAGAAAAUGCCUGUAGAGGAUGCUUCUGAAGUUGUUGCUGAAAACCUGGCUGGCAAUACCAAUCAGCUACUUUUUAACUUCAUAAAGAGCUCGCAACUCUGGCCCGUCUCAGGAUACUGUACUUAGUACGGCACCAUGGUUGUGUGGUGUUUACUGUUGGUGUCAGCAGCACUGACGGCCACCUUGUUGCCUAAAGUUUCUUGGGAAAUGGAAAGACCCUUGUGGUUAGCUCUACAUUCCUCCUCGGGGUAGCUAUUAGGUUUUCCUUUCUUCUUUUUCAAGGAAAAAAAAUGAAUCAAAGAUUUUCUGUUAUAUCAGUCUUAAGAAGAAACCCAUUUACAAGAUGGUCAUUAAAACCCAUAUCUUCUCAUUAGUCUAGCAUGAUCCAACUUCUUCAAACCUCAUAACAGUACUUAUUACAAAAUUCCACCACACUUUUAAUUAUCCUCCACAAAUCUUUUCAACUCCUGGAAACCAUUUCCAGAAAUGCAGUGGAAAAGCAGCAGCAGCACAAUGUAACUUAGACGUUGAUUAUGUUCAAAAUGAAAUUUAUGAAGUUCGUGGAGGCUGGAGCAAUUGUGGACCAGAUAGAAUUAGGUACUCUACAUCCUUUUGAUGCUGUCGUGAUUCCGGCGAGAAAAUUUGAUGCCUUAAUGGAUAAAUUGGGCGUUUAUCCAUCCUAUGAAAAACCUGGGGUUUAUCCACAUCACCUGCAGAGAUUUACUGAACAAAUUGAAUCCUUAGAAGAAUGCGUUGAUGAAACCAUGUCUCUUUGGGAGGUUCAGGUAGGUUCAACAAGGGAGAGAUUUUCAAACCAGAAAAUGAAAGUGACACUUUACCAAUUGCUCGGGACCAGAUUGCUAUGCCUGUGGGUGAUGUUUCUGCAGUUGUUGCUGAAAACCUGGCAGACAAUACCAACAAUAAGAUAUCUUCGUAAUAGAGCAGUAAUCUUUUUGGCUGACCAGUGGCCCGAGUUCAAAACCCGUCAGCACCGUAAUCCUACUAACCGGAGGAAAUGCAAAGCAACCCAACAUCAUCAACAGACAACAAUGAAGGAAAAAAGAGAGAAUUUGAUGAAAAGAAUUGGUAUGAAAUUGUUACACCUAGUCAAGUACAAACCCCCAACAUUACAUAUAGCUGACAACAAUUUCUGAUAUGGCAAGGCAAACAUG